GUAUUGAAGGUAUUAAGUCGUAUCUGAGAACUAUGGGAGAUGGAACUGAGAUGAAAGUAGAACUGCACUCACCUAUGCAUCUCCACCAAGUUAGGAAUUCUUUCCACCAUGCUGGAAAGAAGUUCUUAGAAACGGCUUCCCAAGUUCUUAGAAACGGUAAAGCCUCUAGAGGCUCACUGCGGUACCCAGCGUGGCUUCCGGUCCGCUGGCCCCCCAGGGAGAGCUCUUCAGGAAAGCGGGUCCCAGCAGGCCUUGCGAGGUGACUUGGCGCUCCCCGUGACGCGUCACACUGCCGUCAGCCCAGUUGGGGUUGGCGUGGUGAGGGCACCUUCUUUACUCUCUGUGAGGAAAGUUGGAGCGUGAGGGAGGCAAGAGGCAAGGAGGCGGCCAGGACUGACGUAGGACCGAAAGAGGACUGAGCCGGGAGGUGAGGAGCGGGCUCGGUGGCCGCCGCAGCCUCUACUGGCGGAGCGGCCGCGAGGGCGGCGUCUCCCGUGAGGCGGUCGGUUGACUAGGCCGCAGCGGCCAUGGCCUUGGACUUUGGGGACCACGCCAGUGGGUUCCGCCACAACGAGGUGAUCAGGUUCAUCAACAAUGAGGUCCUCAUGAAUGGGGGCGGCCCCGAUUUCUACGUGGCCUUCCGCUCGCUGCCCUGGAAUGAGGUGGAGGAUCGGCUCCGGGUGGUCGUGGCUGACCCGCAGGUGCCGCAGUCCCUCAAGAGGGCCUGUGCCUGGAGCGCGCUGGCCCUGAGCGUGCGCAUGGGGGCGAGGCAGCGGGAGCAGGAGGCCCGCCAGGUCCAGCGGCUGCAGGACCAGGUGGAGGAGCGUGAGGCGGUUUCCUGGGCUCUAGCCUCUGAGCUACAGCGCCUGCGCGCGGAGCGCGAGGCGGUGGUUGCGCAGCUGCGCUUCACGCAGGCCGCCCUGCAACAGGCGCUGAAUGAGCGCAAUGUGCUUUGUGGGCAGCAGCUCCAGGCUGAGAGAUCCACCGAGGGUGCCCCAUUGGCCCAAGAGAUGGUGUUUGGGCCUCGAGCUGAGCAGCUUGGUACUGCAGCAUGGUCCCUGAGUGCAGAGCGGCAAAGAGAUCUGGUGGCCAUGGCGAUGCAUGGCAGGCUGUGUUUUGAGGCUCAGAUGCCAGCCCCAAGGGCUGUUCUUUACGUGCCGGGGCCCCUAAGUCCCUGGGUCCAGGCAAUGCAGUCCCCUCUGCCAGUGCAGAUGCCAUUCCCAUUUCCAUUCCAUGCACCAUUUCCAAUGGGAUUCCCAUUCUUGCCACGUAUACCACCAGCAGUAGUCAUGGAUGCAGAAUCUGCAGUAGUCCCACUUCAGAUGCCUCCUCCACGGGUCUACCCACCUGGCCCAUGGCCUGCAGUGGGCUUCCAGGAGGAGAUGGCCCCACUGUGGGACCAGAGGAGCUACAGCCAGGGGGAAGAUCCUAAGAUUCCCCAGGAUACAGUCCCCUUAGGGGACACCAGAAAUAUUAACCAGGAAGAAGGUCCUGAGAGGCCCCAGGGGGCGAUUCCCCUUGGGGAGAGCUGGAGCCACAGCCAGGAAGAAGGUUCAGAGAGCACCCAGAGGUUGAUCCCCCUGGGGAAUAUUUGUAGCCACAUCCAGGAAGAAGGGCUAGACAGGCCCCAGGGGAUGGUCCACCUUGGGGAUAGUCGGAACCUCAGCCAGGAAGAAGGUCUAGAAAGGCCCCAGGGGAUGGUUCCCCUGAGAGAUAGCUGGAGCCUCAGGCAGGAAGAAGAUACAGAGAGGCCCCAGGGGAUGGUACCCCUGAGAGAUAGCUGGAGCCUCAGGCAGGAAGAAGAUACAGAGAGGCCCCAGGGGAUGGUACCCCUGGAGGCCAGUGGGAGCUACAGCCAGGAAGAAGUUCCAAAAAGAUCCCAGGGGACUGUUCCCCUAGAGAGCAGUAGAAGCCAGAGCCAAAAGGAAGACCAGGAGAGGCCCCAGGAGGCUGUCCCCCUGGGGGGCAGCAGAAGCCAGAGCCAGGAAGAAGGUCCACAGAGGCCCCAGGCGACCCCCCAGCAGGACAGCUGGAGCUGUGGUGGGAGAGAAAACCCAAAGAAACAUCAGCCCCAGGGCCAGAAAACCAAGCAGCCCAAAGGGAAAAAAGCCUCAGAAUCACACCAGCAGGAGAAGUCUGCCUCAGGUUGCAGUUCAGUGAAUUGGGUGUGCACAUGGUGUAAAGCAAUGAAUUUCUCCUGGCGCAAGUCCUGCUAUAAAUGCAAGAAAGUCUGCAUGGCAGUUCAGGGAUGCCUGGACCCAGGACAAACUCACUGAUUUCAGGAAGGUAAGUAAGAAUGGAAACACUCCAAAGUAAAACCAAUUUCCUAAGACCACCACCACUCCUUCUGAUCAAAAAGUAACUCAUUUAUUUCACGGAUAAUUUGAAACCAAAAUUAUGACAUAGAAAAUUAAAUAAAAUAAUUCAUUAUCCCAUUACCCAAAAUAACAACUUUUUAUCAUCAUGGGUACAUAUGCACACAUAAAUACAUAUGUAUUUGUGUUCUUUUUUUUCAUUUCUUGAACAAAGAGGGACUGCUCUUGAGUAU